AUGUCUACUGUACAUGAUGUUGCUGCCUCGAACGCACAAAUUUUAUCUUCUUUACAAUCACCACCACAUGUCGUUAUAGUUGGUGGUACGUCAGGUAUUGGUCGUGGUUUUGCUCUUACCAUCAAUCGACUUUGUCCAGCCGCUCAUGUGACAAUUAUUGGACGUAAUGAGUCUGCUGCCAAUGAAAUAUUAUCUCAAUUAGGUUCCAAUGGAAGUUUUAUCUGUGCCGAUGUUUCAUUGAUGUCUGAAAUUCGAACAAUUACAAAGAAAAUCAAAGCAGUUGACAUCCUUGUUCUGACUCAAGGCGUGAUAUCAAUGGAUGCUUUUGCACGAACCAAAGAAAAUAUUAAUUAUGCAUUAGCUUUAAAUUACUAUGGUCGAGUUUUAUUCAUCGAAGAACUAGCUUCUUCCAUUACUUCGAACAUCUCCACUUGGUGGUAA